GUAGCUGUCUGCCUAAGAAUCAUGCAAAAUCAAAAAUUAGUGGCAGACCCAUUAUUACAUAUUUCACUGAAAUUGGCUGUAAUAUCAAGAAAAAGAUGUAAUAAUAUCAUUAAACUUAAUAAUUCCUACUGAUAUGGGUCGAUUUGGUUUUUAUCAGAUCAUUCAGUUCAUGGAUUUUGAAGAAAUGCACUGUUGUUUCCUUUAUAAAUUUUACAUUUUUAAAUUGAAAUAAAAUCUUUUAUCGGUUACAUUCAUUAAAAAUCUUUAUAAAAUCUGAAAGAUAAUUGUUUUACUAUCCAAUUUUGAAAAGAAAAUGAUUUGGAAAUAAAUAAAUUAAUUUGCUAAAAUUUAAAGAAAUUUGUAUUGUAAUCAGUGUAUUGGUUGCUAAUGGAAGCUUCAAAUUAUCUCCCCUUUCGUGACUCUCCAGUGUAGAAAUACAAUUACCCUACAGUUGUAUAGUAACAAUAUGGCUGAGGAAGUAGACAUCUCAGAGCAGACUACACAUUUAUGCAGCCUUUCUCACUUUUCUAAGACUCCAUGUUCACAUGUUUCAACCUCAGAAAAUGCUUCAAAGUUAAUUUAUUUGAAAGAAUGUAAGAAGUCAGUAUCAAAUCACUUACGUUCAUUGAACAUUUCAUACGAUGAGAACAUUUUGACAGAAGGUCUUCUUAUAUGUUUACGUGUUGGUAUAUUUCGUUUAAUGCCACAUUUUACUGUUUGCCCUUAUCAUCGGUCAUCUUUGGGGUUGAAUUGGAAGAGGAAAACAUCAUGUGUAUUUCCUGGCCAUACUGGAAAGAGUAAAGGGGAUAGACCGAUAUCAUACAGGACCAGCUACGCUCUGAUUUCACAGGGAGGAACAUUCUUGCCAAUAGGAUCAGCUAUCUGUAAAGUCUGCAAAACAAAAACAUGUAACAUCCUAGAAUUAUUUCCUGAUAUGAUGGACAUUAUUCCUGGUGAUGAGAAUUCAGGAGAAAUAAAAAUAAAUGAUCAGAUGGACAUUUAUCCUUGUGAUAUGGAUUCUGAUGGUCAUUAUUUAGAGCAUAAGUUUUCAGUAGUUGAACAGAACCAGACAAGAUAUAAGGGCAUGCAGUCAGAAGAUAUGACAGCUAAGGAAGAAAAUGACAUGAUAAGUGAAGAUGAAGCAUCUAUAUGGAUUUCACAGUCUGAUUCAGAAAAUUAUACGGUUUCUCUGCCAUCAUCUCAGAUAUCAUCAUGGAGUGCAGAAAAUGACAUACAAAGAAACACAUUAGAGGAAAUAAACAGUGCACUGAACAUUAUUGGUGGGGGGAAAAUCAGUCCAAUUACAUACCAAAUAAGGAAGGAUGUUAACAAACUCAAACCAAGAACAGUGCGCAGCCUGAAGAGAAAAGCAUCUGCUACGGUUCAUGAAGCUCUUGACUGUCUUGCACCAUUUCAAGCAAAAAAAGUUUGGCAACUCAUAGAUAUGGACAUGUGUUCAACACCAUCACCUAAAGUAAAUGAGCUGGUUGUUCAACUCUUCAAAGAAUCAACUGACAAGUGUACCAAAAAGCAGUUUCUGUCAAUGAUCUCAUUAAAUUACACAAAGCAGCAGCUGAGAGACAUAUUUCCUGGCAUUAGCAUAUAUGAGAUUGACCAAGCCAGAAUACAUGCAAAGACUUGUGGAAAAGGUGUUCCACCUCCAAUUAAAGAAAAAUGUGUUCGCCAAAAAAUGAAUAAAGAUAAGCUUGAUCAUGCACUAGAUUUCUUCCUGAAUCCUUCAUUUCAUCAGGUAACUUCAGUUGGCACUAAGCAGAUGCAUUUACGAAAUGGAGAAGUCAUCACCAUCCCACAGGUUGUAAGGACAGCAUGUCACUCAACACUAGUGACAAUUUACCAAUCAUUCUGCCAAGAAACAGAUUUCUCACCUUUGUCCAGAGCCACUCUUUUCAAAAUUUUGGCUGCAUGUCCUGCAUCAAAAAGAACUAAUCUAAAAGGACUGGAUAAUGUUGCAGCAGAUGGUGCUUUGGGAUUUGAGACUCUAUUAUCAACUCUGUCAAGCAUUGAAAGAUAUGUGUCAGAUAAUGACAAGCUAAUACAAGUUAAGGAAUGCAGAGAAAACCUGUUAGCAGCAAAGCUUUACUUGAAAACAGAUUUCAAGGCUCACAUUAAGCAAAAGGAUAGAUGUGCUGAUCACUGCAUUAGUUUUGCCCUUUCUGAUCCUAUUGAUUACUUUUUACAGUCUAUACAAUGUCCUUGUAAAUUCAGUUCUUGUUUAUAG